AUGGCUAGAGAUGAAAGUGACCAGAAGUUAGAAAAACUAGCGAGUGCUUUGAGGAAUGGAAUUGCACGACUUUUCGAUAUUUUGAUCAAGGAUACAUUUCAUUUGAUAGAUGCUCUGGAAGAGGGUGGCAUAGAAGCUUCGGUGAGUCUAGAAGAGAAAGAAAAGGCCAUUUUCGAAUGUGACGAAAAGCUUCUUGCGUUUGUUUCUUUGAAUCCUAGGGCUUUAGAGAUUGAAUGUGUACCUGUUUAUGUUUGA